AUGACACCGUGCCGCGCCCUGCCAUCCAUGGGCAUGACUGCCGGCCUGAGGCUGGAGCUCACUUAUGAAAAUGAGCUAGAUGACGAGUUUACAGGACUAGCGGGCGAUGACGGACUUAUGACGAUCGCGGGUUUCGGCAGCCUGCUGUCAGAGCGCAGCGCCCGCUACACCUUCCCCCAUCUGGUCAACUUCCGAAUUGGACUGGUGCCGGGCUGGCGGCGCGUGUUUUCUCACACCGCGGACGUCUUCUUCCUAAGGGGCAUUGCCCGACCUGAGACGUCAUCCCACCGACGCGGCGUGGUGGUUUCGUUGUUUGAGGUGCCGUACACUCCUGCCAACGUUGCGGCUUUCAUCUCCCGCGAGCACGAGUUCCGGUUCGUGGCGGUGCAGCCCCUGGAGCUGGGCACGGGGCAGCCCCUGGAGCUGGGGACGGGGCAGCCCCUGGAGCUGGGCACGGGGCAGCCCAUUGGCAGGAAGGCGGUGGUUUGCGCCGCCAACACGGACUCCGACUACCGCGCCCUCCGCUGCCCCCCAGCCGAGUGGAGCCGCCGCUGGUCCGUCCACGGGUGCACCUCCGUGUGGCGCACUGACGUGCUUCCCUGCAGGGUGUAUCUGCGGCACUGUGUAUUGGCGGCCAGGUCUCUGGGGGAGGAGGCGGAAGAGAACUUUCUGAGGGCCACGUUCCUGGCGGAUAGACGCACGACUGUGGGAGAGUACCUUGCCCUUCAUCUGGACAUCAUGGACGAGUUGCCGCCUCCUGAGCUGGCGGAGCGAUACAGCGGCUGA